AUGACUUUAUCUUCUGAUUUUUCAUCUUCUACAAGUACAGAUCCUGCUGGCCCUACUUCUCCUAGCUCUGUCUCCCCUGUACCCACUGAUUUGACCAAUCACAACCCUACUGCAUCUACUUCUAGUGAACCCAUUGCAUCUACUUCUAGUGACCCUCUUUUAAAUACUCAAAAUAACAUCCUUACACCCAUACCUGUCACGAAUACACAGGAUAAUCUCAUAUCAACAGACAUUCAGCCUUUACCUACUAGACAUUCCUCUAGAACUUCUCAUCCUCCUCCACAUCUAAAAGACUAUCAUUGCUAUGUAACUUCCUCUGAACAUUCUUCCAAAGUCCUCUAUCCCUUAUCUUCUGUUCUUAGUUAUGAUAAAUGCUCACCCUCAUAUAAACAUUUAUGUUUCUCUGUUUCUUCUAUUGUUGAACCAAAAACCUUCAAUCAAGCUAUUAAACUUGAUUGUUGGAGAAAGGCUAUGGAUGCUGAACUGCAGGCUCUUUAA